AUGAGGGACCUGCACGAGCUGCAGUCCGAGCCGUGUCGCACCGUGUGUGCCGCCCCGCUGGAGAACAACAUGCUCUGCUGGCACGGCAACCUGCGUCCACUGUCGGGACCCUACGCGGGGGCGGUGCUGCACAUCAUCAUGGAGUUUGCAGAGGACUACCCCGCGAGUCCACCACAGGUGAAGCUGUGCCAAACCAUUCCGCACCCGAACGUGUUCGGGGACUACAUCUGCCUGGACAUGCUCAAGAGCUACACCGUCAGCCAACGCUACGCCGGGUGGUCGUCGGCCUACAGCGUGCAGUCGAUCUUGCUGCAGCUGCAGGGGUUCCUGUUCGCCGAGAACAUCCCGCAGGAGCACGGCGGCCCGAUUAAGGCUUACUCCGGCGACAAGGUCGUGUCGGUGGCCCGCGCGUGGCUGGACAGCUUCGCCUGCGCCGCGUGCGGCCACACCAGCGCCCAGCCCCAGCCGCCCCUCCCCGAAGUCGAUGCCUUCUACUGCCUGCUCGAGCGCCGGCAGAGCGUCAUCUGCUUCCACUCCAAGCGCACGCACGAGGAGGACGUGCUCGGGGUGGGCAUCUCGCUGGAGCACUUCCCCGGGCAGGCCCGGAUCAAGGCCAUCAACACAUCGCUCGACGUGUUGUCCCUGCGGGCCUUCACUCAGGACCGCGUGCGGCUGUCGGUGUGGAAGGAACCGUUCCGCCUGUUCCUGCCGCUGGUGAUCGGGCCGGACCACUUCGGCCGCGCCCGGGAACACAUACUGGAUACUCUGUCCCGGAUCGAGAACGAGGGCGGCGGCUUCACCGGCCGCUUGCCGCAGUGGACGCGCGACCCGAUCGAUCAGGCGCGCAUGCUGCUCGCGGUCCUGCCCAAGCUCAUGAACUCGUUCGUCGUGUCGCUCAUGAACAACAACAGCAACUGCUCCACAGCGAGAGGGUUCGGGCCUCGCACCAACAACUCGCAGGUGCUCUCCGAGCGGGCGCUCGAAGGCUACUGCUCCUUCCACCACAUGCUGCUCACCUUUGCGAGGGAAAACCCAGAGGUGGAGCGUAUGGCCAACGAGGCGGUGGACAAGUUCCUGGCCAGCCCCGCGUUUCGGUCGAAGGCGCACACGCCCGACCUGGGCGAGUGGCUGGUCAACCUCACGCUCUCCACGGCCGGCUGGGAGGGCGUGGCCGAGCAGUUCCUGGGCGAGCUGUUCGUGCGCAACGUGCGCUGGAUACUGCAGGACGCGCCGCACCUGGCCCACAUCCACACCGGACGCGGCGGCGGGCAGUCGGCGCUCAUGAUCGACGAUUCGUUCACGUGCACCCUCGUGAGCCGUCGCCUGGUCAUGUUCCAGGUCUACUUCCUCAAGAACAUCGGGCGGCCCAACAACCAAAGUUGGCGGGACAGCCUCACGACGUAUCAUCGGACCAUGGGCCGCCCCACGCACUCUAUGAAGGCGCACCUGCACGCGGCCUCGAAGGCGAUCAUGGCCGUCGCCUCGUGGGACGAGUACUUUGAUCGCAUCUGGAUGCCGCGGAUGUCUGGGCCGCAGCUCACGGCGCGACUGGGCUCGGCCAUCGCAGAGAGCGCCGCUCGCAACUACCAUCGCACACCGCGCUCGUUCGGUGUGCCGAGCGCUCUCCGCACGUCGUCGUCGACCGACACCCCGCGGUUCCUCCACCAACAGGCCGCAAGCGACGUCUCGCCGGGCUCGUCGUCCACCGCCAGCUCCAGCUCCAGCCCUGCUGGCGACCGCCCCUUGCUCGCCCACAGGCCUGGGCGUCGCGCCCGCGACGAGCGCGACGAUGACAGACACAGGCCGGCCAAGCGGCACCGGCGAAGCGAUAGUCGUGACCGCAGCCGCAGCCGCAGCCGAGGAAGGGACCGGUACCACCGCGAUCAUCGCCAAGGCCGCCAUGACCCCAGCUACGGACUCGACCGGGAGCUGGGGAGCAGGAGGCGCGACGACCGCAGCCGCGAGAGGCGUAGGCACCACUAA